AUGGGCUUCACUCCAUGGUCCAGCACAUGGCUACGGGUGGUGCUGGUGGUGCUGGCGGUGCUGGUCUGCCUCCAACUCGCUCUGGCGCCGUCGUCCGCCCCGGCAACCUCGCACGAGUCAGCCGAGCUUCUCGCACGUGCCACUGAUGGCACGCACUCAGGCUCGGAUAGUCGAGACAGCAGCUCUGGUGGAGAGAGCAAGUCGAGUGGGCAGAGCAACUGGCGAGACGGAUCUGACGCGGAGCGGAAGAAGCAACUGGCUCGGCAGCAAGAGUGGGCCCGGUGGAGCAAAGCCGGAUCACGCCCGCUGCCCGAAACGCUGAAGAACGGCGCCGAUGCUGCUGUCACGUCGGUCCCGCAGAGCCACAUCGAGUUUGCGGUGGACUUUACGCCGUCUGACUGGUUUGCUUUUGUUCGCAUCCAGAAGACGGCGACCAAGACCUUUACCGCAGUCCUCCGGGCGGCUGUGACGCACGCGUUCGGCCUGCAGCCGAUGCAGUGCAGGCAAUCGUUCUGCGUGACCAAGACCCGCGAUCUUCCGACCAACUGCACCCACUUUCGCAAUUGCGUCGAAGCCAUUGCUCCGCUCACCUCGUACUCACACGUCAUGCGCUGCCGCCUACUUGUCGAGCCGCAUGCAGACUACGCCGACCUCCUCCGCCCGUUUGUAGCCCAUCGUCGCGGCGUACCCUACCGCCGCCCGGCAUGCAUCCUCCCGGAGGUUUACCCCAUGCCCGACUCGGAAGUUGUUGGCUACAGCGUGAUGCUCAACGCGUCGAUGGCGCUCUCGCCCAUUGUUCCGCCACCACCGCUCCGUCCCAAAGGUCAGGGAAAGCGGGCGCUGCUGUCGAUGGCACGGCCGGCCAACAGCGCGUGGGGCGAAAGUCUCGACAAGUUUGCCGUGAAAGCGCAGAUGGAUCAGGCCGACGCCAUGAACCGCGUCCUCGCCGGUCCGCCGCUCCACACCAACCUCCGCGAAGCCUACCUGCGCGCAGCGCAGGAGAAGGUGGAGGAAGGCACGGAACCCGGCGCACCGCGCAACAUCACCCGCGCCCGCGAGCUCGCUGAAGAACGCGCGUGGCGCGUCUGGACCAUCCGCCAGUGCCGCUCGCUCCUUCUUGCUACCAUGCUGCGGCACCCACUUGACCGCGUCAUUUCCGAGUACAAGUUUAACGCCGGCCAGGACUGCAUCUGGGAUUCGGGCCUGAUCGCACCGGGUGCGCCCACCCGUGACGGCUGCGCGGCAUACGUCACCGAGCCAGCCAACGCUGUCGGAGCCUCGAACCGCAUGACUUCCAUGCUCGCUGGCCACUCGGACGCCCAUCCCCAUGAAGUCUACCCCUCGCCAGACGCCAUGCUCGAGAUGGCGUGGAAGCAUGUGGCGUCCAUGGCUUUCGUAGGCAUUGCCGAGCGGUUCAACGACUCGCUCGUCCUCCUCUCCUGUCGUGUCGGCAUCGACGCCCACAAUCUCGGCGUCGCCUUUGCCUCGCACUCGCUUGUUGCCAACAAGACCGAUGGCAUGCGCCUCUUUGACGUUGACGACGAGCUUGCCGCCCUUGUCCUUGCCCACAACGCCCUCGAUCUGCAGCUCUACACACGUGCGCUUGCGCUGUUUGAGCGCCAGCUCGCCCACUGCCUCGCCACCCGGCCCGACGUCGUCGCCGACUUUCGCGCAGGCAUGGCUGCACCUUCCAUGCGCCAUGUCGAACUCCCGGACGAUGGCUGGGAUGCAGGCUUGGCAAGCGAAUAUGGCGCAGCGCCAACUCCACACCCCGGCGACAACUUGGAGCCGGGCGAGGUGUAGCCGGCCGCCCGCCGCCGCGCGCGGCCGCUCUCGCUCAGUGCCCGUUGAGUGACCAGUCGUACGCUGCGUAGCUGAGCGAGACCUGCUCGCCACGCUGUGCGGCUGCAAGUACCGCAAGCACAUCGGCCUCGGGAGACUCAGAGCUGCGAAAGAGCUGGUCUGAGCGCUCGGCGAGCCAGCUCACCACCGACGGUGCAAAGUCGCACGCAUACCACUUGAAGAUCGACGAGAGCUCAAGCGCUCUUUCGCCGACCGCGCGCACGCUCUGGCUGCAAAAGUUGGCCGCCGCUGCGUCGAGGCCAAACUCGAGAUUCCGCGAGGUGAAUACCCGGAUCGGCGGGCACGAGACUGCGCCGCAGACCAGGGCAAAGUGGAUACGGGGGUCGACCGGCCGCAUCCGCGCCGCCAGCGCCGCGAGCUGCGGCCUGCGAGCCACGUCGAGUUGCGAGCCGCGGAACCACGGCGCAGGGUGGACCGCGUUGCCGCGCAGCACGCCAUGCUCGAUGUCGUCAAGCGAGAGGAGCUCCCCCCCAAUGCGGUACGCCGACUGGGCAAAGAACGAAGUGCGCUGAGCCAUGUCGCCCGGCGCUCCGCGCACAACUGUCGCAUGAAUGACGAUCGCGUUGUAUAAAUUGAUAAACGUGGCCUUGACCUG